GUUGUCUUCGGCAACUUGUCGUGUAGGGUCACUUGGAAUGUCUCGUUCGCGGUAUUUUUGCCUGUCGACCGAGAUGCCAUUGAAAUACAACAUAGCUUAUAGGCCAAGCGGAACCACGCUUCGUGCAGGUCUUCGUGAUUGGCGCCGGCGUGUUGGAAUUGGAAGGCAUAUGAGAGAUUGAGGGGAGGUAAUUUACCUGGCCAACUUGUGGCAAAGGGUUACCAACCCUUCCUUCGAACACCACGGCUGGAAUGGACUCUACUCACCAAGGGCCACCACCCGGAUUGACGACAUUACGUGAUAAUGACAGGGAGAACGAUAGCUCGGACUUCCAGCAUUUCCUCAAACAGCUUUCGGAGCGAGCAUCUCGUUUUGCUAUUAACCUGGAUGACCGGGUUGAGCGAGACACAACGAAAUACUCGACAGGUGGAGAUGCCAUUGUCUACAGGGGGAGGCUUUCGCCAGGGGGGACAUCAGUGGCCGUGAAAACGUAUCGUUUUGGACAUAAGUCUGACCGUGAAGUGCUCAAGAAUUUCUUACGUGAAACUCAUCUUUGGUCCAAACUCAUACAUCCCAAUGUUCUGCCAUUACUCGGGAUCACCACCAAAUUCGAUAGCACUAUAUCCAUCAUAUCAAAGUGGAUGUCCAACGGUAAUGCGCAUGAUUAUGUGCAGAAUCCAGAGAUAGAUCCCCGUCCCCUGCUUUUGGGGAUCGCUCGAGGCUUAGAUUACCUUCAUAGCCGUUUCCCAAACCCGGUCUAUCACGGUGACCUAAAAGGCCUCAAUGUCCUAAUAUCCGACGAGGGACAUGCCCUUCUUACCGACUUCGGCCUCUCCUACCUUGUUAAUUCGUCCUUCAGCAUGAGUGGCCAGCAGCGAUGUGGAGGCUCACUUAACUGGAUGCCCCCCGAGGUGUUGAACACGGAAGGUAACGUUGAGGUGACACCCGCAAGAGACGUGUGGUCAUUCGGCAUGACAACACUUGAAUUAUUUACUCGGAAAGAUCCAUUCCAUGAGACCCUCUAUCGCAUACACGUCUUUAGUCGUAUCCUGAAGGGUCUGUUACCUCACCGUCCCUCUGAUGACUGUACAUUGCUACGCAUGACGGACCAGUGGUGGGAACUAUGCUGUUUGUGCUGGAACACCACACCGUCUUUGCGGCCUUCUAUGUCUCAAGUUGUGGAAACGAUCGAACGUUGUCGGGUUUCAAACUAAUGCACAAAUUGGAGCCAGGACAAAUUGCCGGUGGACUAGGAGGUGAUGCGAGAGUCAAAGCACUCUCUUCGCGCGAAAAGGAAAGCACUCGGCGGUACAUUCCCUCCGGCACAGGCAGGUGCAGAGCUACUGUGUAGUUACGUGAUGCUGCUGGUCAUUUUUUUCUUCCAUCCACACAAAACACUACUAUCCACCGUCAUGCUAUGCAAGUCAUGUAUUUUCUUUUCCGAUAUUUGUUACAUCUUAGUACGUUUGGUCCCGAAUAGCUGACUUUCUUGACCC